AUAUAAGUAACAAACCAUCACCCCUUCAAUACACUUAAGCAAGCCAACUUUGAAGAUAGAAAAAACUAAGUUAUAACAUAGAAACAUAGGUAGAGAAAAAAAAAAUGAAGGGAAAACAAAGUCAUGCUCGUUUGAGAAAAUCAUGGGAGAAAAAAAACUAUGAUCGUCAACUUCUUUCAUCCUCUGAAAUGGAAUCCUUAAUAAGUAUAUGUGAAACUUUCUUUCCACCCCUUGAUCCUCCAUCUAAACUUGAUCAUCAUGAUCAAAUAAAUAACUCCAUUAAAUAUUUCUUUCAAUCUUCUGCAUCUCAGAAACCUAUACCUAAUGAGGUAGCAGAGGUGAUGAAAGAUAGAGGAUUAGUAGAAGCAGUUAUAUUAGUAAGGGUAGUAUUAUGGCUAAUAUCAACAAGAUUAGGUACACUUUUGUUAUGUGGGUUUCUUUGUUUUGGUAAAGAAUGGCCUUAUAUUACUAAGUUCUCUCAUUUGCCUAUUGAAAGAAGAGAAAGAAUAUUGAAGAAUUGGUCAAGUCACAGGUUUUUCAGCCCACUUAGAUUGGUGUUUUACUUCCUCAAGUCAUUGUGCCUCUACUUUUGCUUCUCUUUGGUCGAUGAUCACGCUCACAACCCAGCAUGGGAAGCUAUAGACUACAAACCUGACACCACCAAUAGCAAAGCGAUCAACCAAGAGAGGCCUCUAGAAAAUGGUAUCAUCGAGACCUUCUACGAGACUCCGACAACCCUACUCCAAUCUCUCACAAGUAAAGGCCUCAGUGUCACAGAGGACCACAUAGACAACCUUUACAGAAUCAAGUGUGAUGUAGUCAUUGUAGGGUCCGGUUGUGGAGGAGGAGUGGCAGCCGCAAUCCUUGCGGGGGCUGGCCAGAAGGUGGUGGUUCUCGAAAAAGGAAACUACUACACUGCCCCUGACUACUCCUCCCUUGAAGGCCCUUCAAUGGAUGAGCUCCUGGAGAAGGGAGGGAUGAUCCCCACCACUGAUGGUGCUGUCAUGCUACUUGCAGGGUCGACUGUUGGGGGUGGUACGGCUGUCAACUGGUCUGCCGCCCUGAACACUCCAGACCCUGUGUUAAAAGAAUGGUCCGAGGAGCAUGGGCUAAGCUUGUUUGGAAGCCCACAGUACAAGUUUGCCAUGCAAUCUGUGACCCAAAGGCUUGGUGUUACAACCGAGUGUGUAAAGGAAGGGUUUCAGAAUCAGGUCCUGCGAAAAGGGUGUGAGAAUUUAGGCCUGGAGGCAGAUCGGGUGCCACGGAACUCCUCCGAGUCCCACUAUUGUGGAUCUUGCUACUACGGAUGCAGGUCUGCAGAUAAACAAGGGACUGAUGUAACCUGGCUUGUCGAUGCUGUCAACUUAGGAGCAGUGAUUAUCACUGGCUGCAAAGCUGAAAAGCUUCGUCUUGUCAAGCAUGGUAGGAGGAGAGAAAAUCGAUGCAUUGGGGUUGUAGCAAGAUCAUUAAAUAACGAGAUCAAAAGAGAACUUCAGAUUGAAGCCAAAGUGACAAUUUCGGCUUGUGGGUCAUUACGGACACCUCCGCUACUAAUGUCUAGUGGAUUAAGGAACAAAAAAAUUGGAAAGAACCUUCACCUCCACCCAUCUCUGAUGGUGUGGGGAUAUUUUCCACCUCAGGGACCCACUUCUGAAUUCGAGGGGAAAAGCUAUGAAGGUGGGCUGAUAACGUCUGCACAUCGAGUAAUUCUAGAUCAAAGGCCAAACUCCAUGCCGAGGGCCCUAAUAGAGACACCCGCGUUGGGGCCUGCUGCCUGUGCUGCACUCUCCCCAUGGGAGUCUGGCAAUGAUAUAAAGAAGAGGAUGUUAAGGUAUUCCAGAACUGCUCAUUUGUUUGUGAUGGUGAGGGACAAAGGAUCUGGUGAAGUCAAGUCAGAGCGGAGGAUCAGCUAUGAGUUAACUCAAGAAGACAGAGAAAACAUGACCGCAGGUCUCAGAAGAGCCUUGAAGAUUCUGAUAGCAGCAGGCGCUGUUGAGGUUGGGACUUAUAGAAGCGAUGGACAGAGAAUCGAGUGCAUAGGGAAGAAUGAGGAAGAAAUAGAGGAGUUUUUAGGGUCGGUUUCUGCUACCAAAGGGCCUAUGGCAGCUUGUUUCUGGGCAGUCUACUGCACAGCACAUCAGAUGGGAAGUUGCAGGAUGUCGAAGCGAGAGAAUGAAGGUGCUGUCGACGAGAAUGGGGAGAGUUGGGAAGCAGAAGGGUUGUUUGUUUGUGAUGGAAGUGUUUUGCCUAGUGCUGUAGGUGUUAAUCCUAUGAUCACUAUACAAUCUACAGCUUACUGUAUUGCUAAGAAGCUUGCAGAGUCUCUGAAGAAAGGCGAGUUCAACUUCUAGAUAAGAGUUUACUUUUGAAUUUACCAGUAUUUAUUUCUUCUUCUAAUAUAUAAAGUAUCAAGAGAGUAAAUUCCUUGCUUGUGUAACUAUGUGGUGUUUCUUAGUCAAUAUUUUUAUGUAAUAAUUUAGCUGGUUUGUUCUUUUCCCACUUGUAUAACACUUCCGAGAUACUAACUAUAAUCAUCAACAAACAUAAUUUGGCA